AUGUAAGAAACACGUGAACAAUAGGUUUAAAAUCGGUUUCUACACUUUUUACAAGAGUUUAGAACAAUCAAUCCCUCAACAGGUGAAAGUUUCUACUACUACCACGAGGAGGCUCGUAUAAUGAGAGAUAAUGAUCGUACUACCUUAAAUUUGGAUUUUACUCACAUCACUCAGACUGAAGGAUAUUAGGAUCUGUCAAUUAUAAUGCAAACAGAUUUUUAUUAAUUUGAACCAAGUUUCAGAAGAGCCAUCCAAGAAUUUAUGUUUAUCUAGCAUUAAGAUGUUGAGGAUUAAUGUAAGUUUUGAAAACAAUUAAAUUUAGAAAAGCUUUAUUUCUUGGCAGUUUUUAACUUGGCAGCAACAGAAAAGAUUAGAGACUUGAGAGCAAACAAAAUUGGUAAAUUAUCUUCAUUCAUUGGAACGGUGACUCGUACAUAUGAAGUGAGACCUGAGUUGCUAUCAGCACAAUUUACAUGUUAGAUGUGCGAUAGAAUUAUUGAUAAUGUUGAAUAACAAUUUAAAUUUACGGAACCAAAGAAGGUAAUCAUAUUUUAGAUUUUAGUGCCCAAAUACUAAAUGCGAUAAUAAAUCAAAGUGGACGAUAAAUCUGAAUAAGUCAUAAUUUACAGACUUUCAAAAGGUUAGAGUGUAGGAAGACUCUAAAGAUAUUCCAGCUGGAUCCAUGCCGAGAUCAAUAGAUGUGAUAUUACACAAUGAAAAAUGUGAUGCUGCUAAACCAGGAGACAAAUGCACUUUUAAUGGAUAUUUGACUGUUAUUCCCGAUGUGUUUAGUUUAGGUAAACCAGGUUUAAAGUGUUCUAUGACAACUUAGAAUCAAGGAAAUAACUAAAGAGGCUAAACAUAAGAUGGAAUUACAGGAUUAAAAUAAUUGGGUGUGAAAGACCUAUGUUAUAAAUUUGUGUUUAUAGCUUGUAGUGUUGAAACUAACAACAAUAGAUUCAAUCUUUAAAAACAGCAAAUAGAUGAUAAAGAGUAUACUGAGAGUUUGAGUGAUUAGGAUGCUAAAAGAGGAUAGCAAUUUGAUGAUUAUGAAAAAUAAGAAAUUUUGGAGAUGAAAAAACAACCAGAUCUCUUUAAGAAUUUAGCCAAUUCAAUAGCUCCAGCUGUUUAAGGUUAUGAGGACAUCAAAAAAGGAAUUCUCCUAAUGUUGAUGGGAGGUGUUUAUAAGACUACCAAAGAAGGUGUUCAUAUCAGAGGAGAUAUCAAUGUCUGUAUAGUUGGUGAUCCCUCAACAGCCAAGUCUCAAUUUCUGAAGUUUACUUGUAAUCUUUUGCCCAGAUCAGUUUAUACUUCUGGUAAAGCCUCAAGUGCCGCAGGUUUGACUGCCUCAGUGCAUAGAGACAUUGAGAAUGGAGAAUUUUGUAUUGAAGCAGGAGCUUUGAUGUUGGCAGAUAAUGGAAUUUGUUGUAUUGAUGAAUUUGAUAAAAUGGAUUCAAAGGAUUAGGUGGCAAUUCAUGAAGCAAUGGAAUAAUAAACUAUCUCAAUAGCUAAAGCAGGAAUAUAAGCAACUUUGAAUGCAAGAACAUCUAUCUUGGCUGCAGCAAAUCCUAUAUUUGGAAGAUAUGAUAGGUCUAAAACUCUAAAAUUCAAUGUCAAUAUGACAUAACCAAUUAUGUCUAGAUUUGAUUUGUUCUUCAUUAUUACUGAUGCUUGCAGACCAUUCGUGGAUGAACAAAUUGCUACUCAUAUUGUUAGGUUACAUAGCCAAUAGGAAGGUGCUAUAGAACCAAGAUUUAGUUAAGAUUAACUCAGAAAAUACAUUAGAUAUGCUAGAACUUUUAAGCCAAUUCUGACUCAUGAAAGUGCAUAAUAUUUAAAGGAGGCUUAUAUCAGAUUGAGAGAGAACGAUCAAACAAGUUAGAGAACUAGUUAUCGUAUCACAGUAAGAUAGUUGGAAUCUUUGAUUCGGUUAUCAGAAGCCUUGGCAAGAGUACAAUGUGAUGAUUUCAUCAAGGUUUCUUAUGUUCAAGAAGCAGAGAAAUUGUUAGGUUAAUCCAUUCUUUAAGUGGAUGAAACACCAAAAUUUAUUGAUGAUUUAGAAGAGCAAUAACCUAUUUAGACUAGAGCUAUGGGUAUUAUUGAGGAGGAAUUGUAAUAGAAGGAAAGAGAGAGGAGAAGACAAGGAUAAAAAAUUCAAUUGGCUCAAGAUGAGUAUUUGGAUAUUGUAAGAGCGUUAACAUCAUUCAUGAUUCAGAAGGAGAGAGAAAUGUAAGAAGAGAUUACUGAAGCUAAAGGUGUGAAAUGGGAGGAUUUAGCUGAAUGGUACAUUACAAAUAAAUUGGAUCAAAUUGAACACGAAGAAGAAGUCCAUUAAUAUGAGAGAUUGGUUGGCGCUGUUAUCAGAUAAAUGAUUAAUAAGGAGAAGAUCUUAGUUGUAGUACAAGAUCAUGAGGAUUGCAAUCUUCGUGAAUUGGCACUACAUCCAAAUGUACCUAGAUGA